UGUUUGUGUUCGUUCAGCCGGAGCCUGUCUCCGCCAAUCAGCGCCCGCCGUGCGCGUGACGUCACCGCGGGAGGAAGUGCGCCGCCGCGGACCGAGAGCGAGUCGUUAGCAGAGUUUCCUCGCAGUUACCGAGUUAGUUUCCCGCAGCCGUAAACAUGACGGACCCCAGCAAACACGACAUCACCGCCGUCCUCAAGCGCCUGAGAUCCGUCCCCGCGAACAAGGCGUGUUUUGACUGCUCUGUGAAGAACCCCAGCUGGGCCAGCAUCACAUACGGUGUUUUUCUCUGCAUCGACUGCUCCGGGACACACCGCUCGCUGGGAGUUCACCUGUCCUUCGUCAGGUCCACUGAGCUGGACUCGAACUGGUCCUGGUUCCAGCUGCGCUGUAUGCAGGUGGGCGGCAACGCCAGCGCGAGUGCCUUCUUCAGUCAGCACGGCUGUACCACCAGCGCAGCCAACGCCAAAUACAACAGCAGAGCCGCGGCGCUGUACAGAGAGAGAAUCAAGAGUCUGGCCUCGCAGGCCACCCGACAGCACGGCACAGAGUUAUGGCUGGAGGGUCAGGCUCCUCUGUCUCCCACGUCACCCCUCGACAAACACGAGGACUUCUUCACCCAGCUCACCCAGACUCCCCUGAUGGAAGGAAUCAGUGUUCAGCUGAACACCUGCCAACUACAGAAUACAGUUGAGGAUAAGAAUAAUAACGGUGAGAGUGAGGUGGGUCCCAGUGUGGAGCAGCUCAGUGUGUCUCCAACAUCUGCUGCAGAGAUCACAUCCUCUCUGUUCAAGAAGAAGCCCACCACAGGAAAGAAAUCGGCGUUCGGCAGGAAGGCGGGUCUGGGCGCCCAGAAGGUCAGCAGUCAGAGCUUCAGCACGCAGCAGAAGCGAGCUCAGGCCGUGGACAGACUGCAGGAGGAGAGGAGCUCGCAGACAAGCAGCAGCGCUGAGCCCGAAGUGUUGUCUCUGAGCCGCGCCUACGAGAGUCUGGAGCUGCAGCGGAAGAGAGACGAGGUCAAGCUGAGCCGUCUGGACGACAAGAAGAAGGAGCAGGCGGAGCGGCUCGGCAUGGGCUUCGGCGGACGCAGCGGCCUGUCUCACUCGGUGACGGAGGGCAUGCAGAUCAUCCAGCAGGAGUCUCCGGGGCUGAAGUCCUCCAGCAGGAGAGCGUAUGAGGAGGACGAGGAGCAGGAGGACCACCACUUCUCCUCCAGGCUCCUGGAUGAAGCCGCGGGAUCGUCAGAUCAGUUCUUCUCUCGGUGGAAGCCAGCGACGGUGCAGACCGACGUCUACCUGGACCAAGACGAGAGGGUCUCGGCGAGGAGGAAGGAGCCGCAGGCCGUCUCUGAUGACGCUCAGAGGAAGUUCGGCGACGCCAGAGCCAUUUCAUCAGACAUGUUCUUCGGGAAGCAGGACAACUCCGAGUAUGAGGUUCGGGCGCGGCUGGAGAAUUUCUCGGGCAGUUCAUCGAUCAGCUCAGCCGAUCUGUUCGACGAGCAGAAGAAAACAGCAGCGACGUCCAGCGGCUCGUACAGCCUGAGUAAGGUUCUGCCGGCCGUGCCGGACAUGAUGCAGUUCAAGAGCGGCGUGCGCUCGGUCGCCGGGAAGCUGUCGGUCAUGGCCAGCGGAGUCGUGUCCAGCAUACAGGAUCGCUACAGCACAUGAAUCCUGAGGAAUCUUUCUUCGGACGCCUCUGUAGAUAUCCAUCCUUUACUCGGGCAGCAUUCCGUGGGUUUGAUUGGGAUUUUGUUCGUUUAAUGUCGCAGCUUGAGUUUUGACUGAAACGAGUCAUCAUUUGAUCACUUGGGGACCAAAACUCUUUGUUUAUUUGAAGUGAAACGUUUGCACUCUUUGCUCAGAUUGCACUAUAUUGCAGCUGUGUGUCGUACAGGUGCGUUUGUUUACGAUCACGAAGGAGGAGGAUGUCGUCACACGCUCGUGUGAUGCUGUUUUCAUUGAAGAGCUUUAUAUUAUGUGUAAUGUAGCACUGCAUAUGUGUGAUGAAUGAUGAUGAAGAUGAGCGGCUCGUCUGGGGUCGUUUUGCACACUACAAACGUGACAAUCAUUCACCUGAAGCCUUAUUCAUCUCAUUGCCUUAUCUAUGUUUGUUUAUGGUAUCUAUGUUUAUCUUGCUUUAUCCUUUACGAACAUGAGGGGUCAUUAAACGCGGUGGGUGAUUUAUGUGGUAAUUGGUUUAACUCAAUAAAGAUCAGAUUUGAUAAGAAA